GGUUUGAUUAACUGCUGCCUGCCAUUGAAAGAGAAACUCAAUUCAUUCGAUUUCAGAGAUCAAAACAUAAUGGGGCAUUCAAAUGUCUGGAACUCUCAUCCAAAAAAUUACGGUCCUGGAUCUCGCACCUGCCGAGUUUGUGGAAACCCUCAUGGUUUGAUUAGGAAGUAUGCACUUAUGUGCUGCAGGCAGUGUUUCCGCAGCAAUGCUAAGGAAAUUGGUUUCAUUAAGUACAAGUGAUUUGAAGACACAAAUGAAGAUUUAGUUGCAUGAUUUUCAUUAAUCCUUGUUAGAUUUGAAUGUUUGAUUGGAUUGGAUUGUGAUUUAGUUUAAUGAACUUAUGGUUUUUUGUUCUACUAUUAACUCGGGAUUAUGAUCAUUGUUAUAAUUAUUAAUGGUGAUUAGCUCUGCAGUUCAAUAACUUCUAUAUUGUUAUCAGUCAGUUUCAGAUUUUGAAAGUGGAGAAAUAAUCAUGUUAUUUUAAGUA